AUGCCUGGAGCAGUUGUGGAGUGGCUGUACGAGGAUCCAACUUUCCCGCGCAAGCUGCUCAUGGCAGGCGUCCUGCACGGCACCUCUGUGUUGCGUCUGCUGGCGUUCCUCCAGUAUGAGAACCACAAGUAUGCACAGCUGUGGCAGCGUGCCAUGCUGGAGCAUCUGCUGCUGGAUGCAUGCGACUGGCGUGACCUUGCCAUGGAUCUUGUUGUCAUGUUGGAGCUGGUCUGCUUGAAGGACAGUCUUUAUGAGGAGCGCAUGAUCAACAUCUUUCAUGGAGUAGAGGGCGCAAUGAUGAACCCGAAGCGCGGCGUUGGCUGCCAGCAUUUGCUGCUGGCCCUUGCGGUGGCGGUGCUGGCAGAGGCACCCAAGGGCAUCGAUGGGAUGGUGGCCAUCGAGCACAUGUGGCGCCACCUUGACCACAUCAAUGACGUUUUCUCACGCGCGCAUGGGACUGGCACUAGUUCGAGAGGCUCCAGCAGCAGCGACGAUGGCGAUGGGGAGCGGGAGGAGCAGCAGCACAUCUCUGCAGAGCUGGCAGAUGACGAGGAUGAGGUGGUGGACAUCACUCUCUAG